AUGGCUUCUCAAUAUGAGAUGAAUACCGCCGGCGAGCGUGUUUCUGCUCCAGACACGCAAGUACAGAAAUCAGCUGUCGAAUUCCCUUCAGUGGAAGACAUCCUCUCAGACUCGACUGCAUUGCCGCCUCGCCUGCCAACAGAGAGAACAGAUUCAUUGCCAGCAGAAGAACAAACGAAUCUACUCACGUCUUUGCAAGAGAUUCUGAAGAACUUCGAAGGCGAGAAUGAAGCAGACGUCGAAGCUUUCAAAGAUGUACGAUCUAUCCUGGAUAAGCUAUGGAGUUGCGAUUCAGACUAUCUGGUUCAAGCAGCGAAUGUUUUGGCGAACGGGAGCAGAAAUCCAUCGUGGAGGUUACCUUACGGUCAGUCGGGAAUCUUGGACUUUUUCCUUCGCUUAAUUGCUUCGAGCGAGAUCACCGAUAAUGAGUUACUGCUGCACUCUCUGCGGUUGGGUGGAAAUUCGUGUGCCGAUACAGACGAAAACAGAUUAACCGUCGUGAAAGACAACUAUACACUUGCUAUUAUUCGCCAUCUGUUGAACCCGGGUCUUACCCAGGUGGUAAUACCCGUCUUAUAUAACAUAUGCAUGGACUUUGAGUCGGCUCAUGCUCAGGUCGCUGAGAACAGAAUUGCGUAUAUACUAUCGAAAUUAAUCAAAGACGGUGUAUUUUCUGAUAACGAAGCGUUGCUUGACUAUUCCCACGAACUUAUAGAACUAGCGGCGGAGCAAGGACAAGGGGUUGAGAGUUCCCCCGAUGGAACGAUUUCGCUUUUACUGGAGCUUGCUGCUGACAAGAAGACCACCUUCUCCCAAUCUUCCUGCGUUGUUAACAGUCUCGUGAAGUAUCUGGAGAAUGAACGAUUCCAACACGUCUGUAUAUCGAAUGGCAUGGUCGAGCGUGUGCUCUCGGUCCUCCAACGGUCACUCUCCCUCGAGGUGAAUCGGUCAUCCGUCGAAGAAGCGAAGGCGCUGGUCCAGCUACAAUUGAAACUCAACCAGACAUUGGCCGAACUCUCAGGCUCGGAAUUGUUUGCGAAAUUCUAUCCGCUUGAGUCGCCAAUUUUCCAGAUUUUGAAGUCCUGGCUGACUGCAAGUGAAGACCAGCUCCAGAUCUGCUCAUGUGUUAUGCUGGGUAACCUGGCCCGAUCAGACGAAGUGUGCGAGAAGAUGGUUUGCGAUUUAGGUCUGCAUAAAGAGUUGAUCUCGAUCCUCAAGAGUGACGCCAGAGGCGGCGUUCUUCACUCCUCACUCGGCUUUCUGAAGAACCUGGCAAUUGCCGGUAACAACAGGCAGCACCUGGGCAAUGCCGGUAUAAUACCUGCGAUAGCGCCUCUAUGGGGUUACGAGACGGUUCCGCAGGUUCAGUUCGCUGCUACCAGCAUGGCUCGUCAGCUGAUCGUAUCGUCAUAUGAAAACGUCACGAGAUUACUGGAAGCACUUCCUGAGGGCGAUGCUUCAGCAGAAAAGCCGACAUAUCUGUCAUUGUUGCUUGGUCUCUUCGAGAAAACCGAUUCAGCCCCGAUUAAGACCGAAAUCGGACGAAGUGUCGCCUCCAUCUGCCGCACUCUUAUCCCGAAGGCUAAGGAAUCCGAAACAGGCGCCCCCUUGGAUAGCCUCUUCAGCUUACAUGAACACAUUGCACGUCCGAUAGGCGCUAUGAUCACCCAGACCCAGUGGCCCGUUGUCCGGAGUGAAGGGUGGUUUGCUUUGGCCUUGAUGGCGUCUUGCAAACAGGGUACCCUAGCGGCCUUGGACUGUCUGCAGAAUAUGGAAGCCUACUCGUUGCUUGAGAAGACGCUGAGUGCAAGUGACUCGGAUUCAGCGACUGAAAUGGAAAAGGUACAACGGGCUAAGGAUCGCGAUAACACCAUUAUCCUCGUGAAGGAGUUGCUCUCUAAUGAUGGCGUGCUAGAAGAAGACUGGAAAGCCUCAUUAGAGGGUUUGAUGAACGACCAUGUCUCGCGGCAUUUGAAAGGAAGUGAAGAUAGCUGA